GUUAAGUUGGAGCAGUCUCAGCGGCCGCCGCCAUUUUGUGCAGCCGCUGGGAAGGGAAGGAGACGCCUAAACCGUGGCACCGCCCGGUUUGAGCGUGGCCAAACCUCCCCGCUGUACUAGCAGCCCCGAUUCUCUGUGUUUUGCUACCGUCUCCGACGAGAGAGGCGGCGACGGUGGCGUCUGCGACGGGAGACAGCGCGUCGGAGCGAGAGAGCGCCGCGCCUGCCGCCGCCCCAACAGCGGAGGCGCCGCCACCAUCGGUCGUCACUCGACCGGAGCCGCAGGCUCUCCCCAGCUCGGCCAUCCGUGCCCCGCUCCCAGAUCUCUACCCGUUCGGGACCAUGCGCGGAGGCGGCUUUGGGGACCGCGAUCGGGACCGAGACCGUGGAGGGUUUGGAGCAAGAGGUGGUAGUGGCCUUCCCCCGAAAAAGUUUGGUAAUCCCGGGGAGCGUUUACGAAAAAAGAAGUGGGAUUUGAGUGAACUUCCCAAGUUUGAGAAGAAUUUUUAUGUGGAGCAUCCAGAAGUAGCAAGAUUGACUCCGUAUGAGGUUGAUGAGCUGCGGCGAAAGAAAGAGAUCACAGUGAGAGGGGGCGAUGUUUGUCCAAAACCUGUCUUUGCCUUCCAUCAUGCUAAUUUCCCACAGUAUGUAAUGGAUGUACUGAUGGAUCAGCAUUUUACAGAGCCAACUCCCAUUCAGUGCCAGGGGUUUCCUUUGGCUCUUAGUGGCCGGGAUAUGGUUGGCAUUGCACAGACUGGUUCUGGGAAGACAUUGGCGUAUUUGCUGCCUGCAAUUGUUCAUAUUAACCACCAGCCAUACUUGGAAAGAGGAGAUGGUCCAAUUUGUUUAGUGUUGGCGCCCACUAGAGAACUUGCUCAGCAGGUGCAGCAGGUGGCUGAUGACUACGGAAAGUGCUCGAGGUUGAAGAGUACAUGCAUUUAUGGAGGUGCUCCUAAAGGCCCCCAGAUUCGAGAUUUGGAGAGAGGUGUUGAGAUUUGCAUAGCCACUCCUGGGCGCCUAAUAGAUUUCCUAGAGUCGGGAAAGACAAACCUUCGCCGAUGUACUUACCUUGUGUUGGAUGAGGCUGACCGAAUGCUUGAUAUGGGCUUUGAGCCCCAGAUCCGUAAAAUUGUUGACCAAAUUAGGCCUGACCGGCAGACACUGAUGUGGAGUGCAACCUGGCCAAAGGAAGUAAGGCAGCUUGCAGAGGACUUCCUUCGUGACUACACCCAGAUCAACGUGGGCAAUCUGGAGUUGAGUGCCAACCACAACAUUCUGCAGAUUGUGGAUGUCUGUAUGGAGAGUGAAAAGGAUCACAAAUUGAUCCAACUGAUGGAGGAAAUCAUGGCAGAAAAAGAAAAUAAGACUAUAAUAUUUGUGGAAACAAAGAGACGCUGUGAUGACCUCACUCGAAGGAUGCGCAGAGAUGGUUGGCCAGCUAUGUGUAUCCAUGGAGACAAGAGUCAACCAGAAAGAGAUUGGGUACUUAAUGAGUUCCGAUCUGGAAAGGCUCCUAUCCUCAUUGCCACAGAUGUAGCCUCCCGAGGGCUAGAUGUGGAAGAUGUCAAGUUUGUGAUCAACUAUGACUAUCCAAACAGCUCCGAGGACUAUGUUCACCGCAUCGGCCGCACGGCCCGGAGCACCAAUAAGGGCACUGCCUAUACCUUCUUUACCCCAGGGAACCUAAAGCAGGCUAGAGAGCUGAUCAAAGUGUUGGAAGAGGCCAAUCAGGCCAUCAAUCCAAAAUUGAUGCAGCUGGUGGACCACAGAGGUGGUGGCGGCGGAGGGGGUAAGGGAGGUCGCUCUCGGUACCGGACUACUUCUUCAGCCAACAACCCCAAUCUGAUGUAUCAGGAUGAGUGUGACCGGAGGCUUCGAGGGGUCAAGGAUGGUGGCCGGAGAGAUUCUACAAGCUACAGGGAUCGUAGUGAAACCGAUAGAGCCAGCUAUGCUAAUGGCAGUGGCUAUGGAAGCCCCAAUUCUGCCUUCGGGGCACAAGCAGGCCAAUACACUUAUGCUCAAGGCACCUAUGGGGCGGCUGCUUAUGGCACCAGUGGCUACACGGCUCAAGAGUAUGCUGCUGGCACAUAUGGGGCUAGCAGCACCACCUCAACCGGGAGGAGCUCCCAGAGCUCUAGCCAGCAGUUUAGUGGGAUAGGCCGAUCUGGGCAGCAGCCACAGCCACUGAUGUCACAGCAGUUUGCACAGCCUCCAGGAGCUACCAAUAUGAUAGGCUACAUGGGGCAGACUGCUUACCAGUACCCUCCCCCCCCUCCUCCCCCUCCUCCUUCUCGUAAAUGAAGCUGCUUGGUGAGAGUGACUCGUGCAGAUUAAUUACAUCUAAAGGAACACCGGCUAUUCUUUUACCCUUCUGGCCCUUUUCAUUUUUACUUUUUCUUUUCCCAGCCAUCGUGGUUUAUCUUUUUUUUUAAUGCAGAUUAGUUAAAAUUCACUGCCAGAUUUCUUCUGCCCAUCCAAAAGAUCCAGUCUGUAAUAACAGAUUUUGUAAGGACAAAAAUAUAUAUAUAUAUAACUGACUGGAAAAGAUUAAUUUCUUCCCCCCAAUUUAAUGCAUGUUGAUGAUAUUAAGCUAUUUUUCAUCUUAAAGGUGUUAGGCGCUUUUGUUGGAGCCUGUUUACUGUUAGGAUGGAGGGUAGGGAAGGAGAGACUAUUCAGCAGAAGGAAGAUGGUGGCAUCUGUGCUUCAAACUGUUCUCCUUAGUGGGAGAAGCCAGGAGGGGCUUCAUGUGUGUUGUCCAUGGUGUUAAGUUAGUGAAGUUAGAUUACUCAGACCUGAUGAAUUUAAGACUGUCAGUCAUUUUGGCUGGUGGCUUAUUAGUGCGUUGGACAGUUUAAAAAUUGCCAAUUGGUUUUGCCCCUCUCUUUCUCCAUUAUAUUAACCAGGUUAGUGUUGAGUUAGAAAUUAAAUUUCUGAGUUCAAGCAUACCCUUUUAAGUUAAAAAAAAAAAAAAACUACAAGGCAUUGUUUUUGCUAGGUAGACUGGCAUCUGAGUAGAGUCUGCCUGGUUUUUCCUCCCCAUAUAACCAGGGACCAUCUGAAAGUCGGUUUUCUAGCCAGAUAGCCAUUGUGAGCAUAAGCAUCGGUGCUUAGUGGAAACUUCUGAGCAUCUGAGUGUGCGGUAGAGAGCACCGUUAGAAAUGAUGGGCUCCAGAUGGGCAGCUCUUCCUCUUAAGCUCAGUAUUUUAGUGAGGGACCGUAGGCUGCUCUGCCCUCUUGGCCGGGCUCUCGUGAGCAGGACUGGUGAAGAGCUGGUCCCCACAGCCUACUGGAGCAGCUGGAGGCACUCGUCCUCCAUGUCCCUUUGCACUCUGCUUUUCACAGGUAGGUAGUGCUUAGGAAGCACUCUGGAGGACUAGAGCCCAGGUCCACCUCACUCUCCAGUGUCAAGUGGGUGAGUUUGUCUUACUGAAACUGCCAAGAGCAACGGGUGCAUGGAAAGACUUGUGUCACCCUAACAGGACAGGACAACAGAUGGCCCCAACACCUAUGAUAGGUCACAAUGGUGGGCCUUUCACAGUACAGUUAAAGAGAGGAGGUUGCACUGCAUUCCUUGACUGCCCUCAUAGUGCUUGCCGCUUUGUGAGGUCUCCUCCAGGAAGAGAAAAGGGAUGCUUUUGAGGGCUCAGUGUGCGACAUAACAGGUAGGUUGUCAGCAUAUGCUGGCUAUGCGCAUGUGAAUGCUUGGCAUCCUUCGUUUUCCUUACUAUCUUACAGAAUGCGAGGCUAAGGGAGAGUGGGGGCACAGAUGUGUGGCAACCCUGCUCUGUGCUUUGAAACCAAAGUGUGUGUCCUGUCUGUCCGUCUCACCCUGCCAAAAGGAAGUGUUUAAUCAUGGACACUGACUAGCCUGUUACAGAUACUUCUUUCUACAACCAAAUUCAGAUUUAUGUAUUUAUUAAGCAUCAUACCACAGGCUAUCCUGUGCUACUGCAGCUCUUCAAAACACCCUUUCUGUUAAUGCCUUUGGGGAUAAAGCAGUAACUAGGUUGCUUGCCUGUCUACCAGAAGCAUAAUCCAGAUAGAAUUAACAGCUGAUUUCCCAUUUCAUGAGCUCUUUGGCCUGGGUACAGCAGAAAACUAGCAGUUUUCCUAUUUAGUUCAAUGACUUCUGCCUCCUUUGUCUGUCCUUCGUGUUCUCCCAGAACAGGCAUAGGCAAACCCCUGGGGCUGGGUCAGCUUGCUUAAGGAAAGGGCUUCAGUAUUAAGCUGUGGACUGAUUCUCUCUACCCCCCCUCCCAAACAAUUCAUUGUGCAGACUUCUCAUCUGAAAGGUUGGUGGCUUUUGCUUGGGAUCAGUGCUCUGGUGAUGCCUUUGCUGGUCUCUGAACACAUUCCUGUCAUUGAGACUUGAAUUGUAGGUGUGAUGUUAAGGCACAGGAUGCUAAGAGCUAUGUUACUACUAUUCUUAGUUUGUAAAUUGCCCUUUUGAUACCAUCUUGUUUUCUUUUGUAGGUAUAAAUAAAAAACAAUUGACAAUAAA